CUGUUCUCCUCGGCUUGGCUUCGAGGACGUCAAGUGCGUACGCAGCGGUGCAGAGCGAUGUUCUUCCACGAUCUUACGGACCAGAUGAAGCAAGCAGCGAGAGGCAGGGACGUUGCAGGAGCGGAUCGGGACGGAGAGAAUUACACGAUGCAAGCUCGAUGCUGCUCUGCUACAUAAGACGCAUAGCAUUUAUUGCCUGCACCGCGGAACGCCCUCUCCACUCUCUCUGCAGCCUGUGCGCGAUCUCCUUCUGUCUCUCUGAGCCAGAGUCCAUCGUCGCCCACCACCCACACCCACCCACAGCCCACAUUGGCAACAGCUGCCCAGCAGGCCACAGGGAAGCGCAUGCUGAACUAGGGUUGCAGACCCUUCCAAUUCACUCCUUGGCCCCUCGGUCGGAUCCGGGCGCAGGGGCCACCCGCCAGCGAGCAGCCGGUGCAACACUGAACACGCUGCUCUGCAACCUUGUUGUGAGCCGUUCCGCCCUUCCGGGGAUUUCCGUGUGUACGCUUCUCCCGAGUUCUGCUCGACACCGGUUGAAUCGAAACUGUUGAGCUGGAGAAUCAAAAUCAAUCCCCCCCAUCCCACUUGGUCAGACCGUGGCAGCUCGCAACCGGCAGCU